GACAACAGCCCCGUUACGAAUUUUCUUGACUUUUCUCCUUCCCUUCCUUUUUUCCCUUUCCUCGCAUCUUGCAUCUGCUACACCGCUGCUGGAUCAGCACGAUUCCCUUUGUCCAGUCUUUCUGAUCAUGCUGUCCUCGUAGAUCUUCAUUCUCUCUGUACCACUAUGUUUCUAAGCCUCGCAAAAUGGCUGUGCAUGAUAUCGCCUACCUUCACUGUCGCUACGCCGCAAAGGACACUCUCCGAAGACCCAUCACAGCAGAUCCCGCUCCCGGAAGAAUUUCAGACUCACAUCCCCGACUGUGCACAGCCAUGUCUACGUACAUUGUUGUCCGCAGAGUUCCCUCUCGCCUGUACCCUUCCCUCUAACCUUAAUUGUCUGUGCUCUACCUAUAGCCUGGAUGGUCACUCUCUCGGGGAGGUGGCUCUUGGCUGUCUGUAUACUUCCUGCUCUUCGGUCGGCCGGGAAGCCGAUGAAGCAUAUAACAUCUGCCUGGGCCAACCAGAUGCUGUUACCCCGACCUUGACGGCUUUGACAGUUGUGGCUACAACUUCGUCAGAGCCACCGACCAUGACCACCACGAGCGAGAUUGUCGUCACCAGUUCGCCAACUACCACACUCAAUACCAUACUGUCUGCGGUUCCUACCGAAACCGUCCAUGCUGAUUCUAUCCCAUCGAUUGCGUCUUCCACAUUGACCUCCUUGGCUUCCCCUUCAGCUACCCAAUCCUCAAUAGCAAGUACUGCAGAUGAGCCUCGCACAAUGAAACCCGCACAGAUUGCGGGUCUAUCGAUCGCGGCAGCUGCAGCCUUCAUCAUAGCCAUCGGUUUAAUAGUGCUGAGUAUUUUUCUGAGGAGGAGAAGGGAAAAGAAAAGAAUGGGAGAAGUUGAUAUUGAUGAAAAACGACACUCUCACUAUCGACAUUCCUUCGACCGAAACAGGCCGUUACCAGAGCUGCCCACCGCCUGCUCCCCAACGUCGCCCUGUUCUUCCCUUCGAGCGGCAGAUGAGCGUGCAGUGAGGCCUGCAGCGAGAAAUUGGAACAUGAGCACACGUCCUCAUCAAUCUAGUCAUCGUACCGCUUCAUCGACACACCAGAAUGCUAUACCAUCAAAGAAUCUCAAAAGGGUUUCCCAGUCACCGCGCCAAGGCCCUCUAUAUCCAAAAGCAAGGCCCGGCCCUUCUCUUCCACCCAAUCAGAUCGGUAUGGCGAUAAGUGCGGGGAUGCCAGGGGAUCCUGUUGGAAGAGGAGGAUUUGCGCAGCCUGGUCAAAGAGAUGACAGGAGACGAAAAUCCACCCGCAUGCCCGGCACAUCCCAGCGCCCAGAUAGUACGAUAACCCAGUGCACUGUAUUUGAGGAGGACGACGUGUCUAGUGUUGCCGAAUCUCGAGCAUCGUCAGCGUUGUUGCCCGCCUUCCCAAUACCCCCAAUUCGCAGCUUCCAGCCACCAAGACCUCCACCACCAAAAUUCACUCUCGAACGACCUGUUGAUGUACCAGCGUGCAAGCACCCGAUCAGAAAACACCCCGGAAUAGCACUGGAAGUUGCGACUCAACCGUCAACGGUGCCGUCCGUGGAAAUCAAUGUACCGGAACCCCUGGGCACGGCAUCACCGAAAAUCGUAUCUUCUAGAGGAGUCGAUGCUGACUCUUCCAGCGGCGAUAUCCCGGAUUACUAUUUUACCUCUGAUAAAUCGGUUAAGGGAACCCCCAAAGCCAGUCCAGGCGUAGUAGCAAAACCCUCCGAUAUCAGACUCAAAUUUUCAUCAAGCAAUGCCUCGAGGGUAUCAUCAAGGACAUCCACGAACAGAUGCGACUCGUUCUCUUCUCGCUCCUCGUUUGAGAGCGUAGAUGUGGAUGAUCCCACACCGGGGAGUGAAGACGAUGGUAAGCUCUCACCAGUUGCCGAAUCUCCAAUCUCCAACCUCCGGUAUCCCAAAGUCCCCCGCGCGUCCAAUCAGUUGGUGCCUCGAAGUCCCCCCAUAACUCCCAAUAGCCAGUCGAGUCGCAAUAGCCUGCGUUUGGCAACGGAGCCAUCCUCGCUGCUAGUCAAAAGGCUUGGUGAACAAGGGGCUCUGCAGCUUGGAGGUCCGCUGCAAACCGGUAGCCCUACGAGACCAAACGCAAAGUUUCGCAUGCGUCGCAAUAGCAUGGAAAAAUGGAGUCCUGGUUCAGUGAGCGAGCGUGGGAUUCGUACACAAAGUGGUGGUGUAUGGCCACCAAAAAGCCCGGCCAUGUAUGAACCGAGUGUCAUACGACCGCUGAGCAUCCGCCCCAAACAGACGAUUCUCCAAACCCCCCAGGAAACAAUGAACGCGUUAAAAAGCCCGGCAUGGGUGACCGAUCUGACACCAACACGCCAGGGGGAAGAUCUUCUAAUAUCCGUUACUUAUUCCAAACCCAAGCGCUGA